CACGUCACAGUAGUACCUGCUUUGCCAACGAAUGUUAUCGCUGCCAUUCGUCUCGUGUAGAUCUCGUCUUGUGGAUGGCAUCCAUGGGUAACCAACAGCAGUGCCAGAUCAUUACUGCGACUGCGGCUCUGUUUCUGGCAAUCUGUGGCAUUCUUCUGCUCGUCGUACCCACCGAAGACGUUAAAGAGCCCCCGGAGUUUAUGUAUGGAAUAGUCCUGGAUGCUGGAUCCUCUCAUACGGCCAUGUUCAUCUACAAAUGGCCAGCAGACAAGCCGAACGGUACCGGCAUAGUCAGUCAACACAGCGAGUGUCAUGCCAAGGGAGGCGGGAUCUCCAGUUAUGCAGGUAACAGAGGAGGAGCAGCCCGUAGUCUUGAGGAAUGCAUGGAACAAGCCAUGCAGAAGAUCCCCAAGUCAAGACACAAACUCACCCCUUUGUAUCUUGGGGCAACGGCAGGCAUGAGACUACUGAAUAUUUCUAAACCCAAAGAAUCAGGUGAGGUUUUGAAGGAAGUGGGAGACAAACUAAAGACCUACCCAUUCAGCUUCAAAGGGUCCAGUAUCUUGAGUGGUCAAGAGGAGGGGGCUUAUGGAUGGGUCACAGUCAACUACCUGCUUGAGAAUUACAUCAAGUAUGGUUUUGUGGGAAAAUGGCUGUCUCCAGGCAGAGACACGGUUGGUGCUCUGGACUUUGGUGGAGCUUCUACUCAGAUCACCUUUGAAACAAAACAGAUGGUGGAGAACAAGGACAAUCUGAUGAAACUGCGGCUGUACGGACGAGACUAUCAGAUUUACACUCAGAGCUUUCUGUGUUAUGGGAGAGACCAGGUGUUACUCAGACUGCUGGCACUUCUGAUGGAGACUCAGGGUUCAUACCGCUCCAUAGUACACCCCUGCUAUCCUGCAGGUCACAGUGACUCCAUAAAGCUGAUGACUGUGUUUGGUACUCCAUGCAAUGAAAGACCACCUCUCUAUGAACCUGAUGUUGAGCUGCAAAUCAAAGGCACAGGAAACUACGAUCAAUGCCUGGGAAAUGUUUCUCAUCUCUUUUCUUUUAACAAUUGUUCUUAUUCCAGAUGCUCUUUUGACAAAGUCUUCCAGCCCAACAUUACUGGAAAUUUUAUGGCAUUUUCUGCAUUUUUCUACACCCAUUCCUUUCUUCAGGAAGCAACAGGCAUCAGCAUCAAGUCCCCAGAACAUUUAGAGAACGCUGCCCGUGUGGUCUGCAACAUGAGCUUUCAGGAGAUGAAUAAUAAGGUUAAGAAUCAGGAAAGCCGUCUGAAGGACUACUGUGCAGUCUCUGCUUUUGUGCAGGUGCUACUGCUCAGGGGAUAUGGCUUUGAUUAUCUCUCCUUCCCGCACAUCUCCUUCCAGAAGAAGGCAGGAGACACGUCUGUCGGCUGGUCCCUUGGCUACAUGCUAAACCUAAGCAACCUGCUGCCUGCUGAAGAUGUUUUACUGAAGAAAUCACUGCGCUCAAGUGCCUGGGGUGCUCUGAUUACCCUGUUUUGCUUUCUUCUUAUUAUGGCGCUAUAUUUUUUGUUGCGAGCCAUUCGUAAGAAAGGCACUGACAAUGGCAUUUAAUAAUGAAGGAGUUAUAUUGCACCCUGUGUGCAUGUUAUCCACUGCCCUUACGUCUGUUUACAGUGCAUUCCAAACAAGGAUGCACAAUGACUUUUUGUACCACAUUUCAUCAAACCUAUCUCAUUUUAAUAACAUAUUUCUUAUCAAGCACAUUUUAUAUAAAUUAUCAUUUUAGAAGAGACUGUGCAACAGGAAACUUGAUUUUAGUAGUGCUAAGCCUAAAUUCAUCAAGGACAGUCAUGUCAAGAUGUCUGUCUUUUUAUAAUGUUGAAUGUUUUAUAAUGUCUUAGGUAUACUGUGUUCUGUGCCUUA